CGGGAGCUGCCACAGCCAUCGGGGUUUGAGCUGAGAAACUGGAUCCUUCCUCGCUGAAACACUGCCCUACCUGUCGAAUUUAAGGCAGGGAUGUGUUUUUACCAGGAAAAGAAACUGCCUCAAAAUAUUUUGUAUUUUACCUAGACUACAUUUCACAAUAUAGGCUCACAUCUGGAUUCGUCACUGCACAGGCUGAAUACGACAUAUCAUGAUGAAAUGUGCCUAAUGCUCGUCAGACGGUUUCCUCUCUCACUUUGAUACAUUCAUUGUAGCUUAGAGUGGAAACUAAUUUACAUUCAGACAACGUGAGUACAUAGAGACAAACACAUAGCCUAUCGUUAGAUGCAUACGACAAAUUAAAUUAGAAUAUAUUUUUUUUGGGGGGGGGGAGACAGCACAGAUUGGUGAUGGCUUUCGAGGUUUAGAAGCUGGCGAAAUCAGAUUUACAAGGGGUCUACUGCUUCCUGAACAACAGGGUGUUGGUGUCUCAGGGGGACAGGGAUCUGGAAACAAGUAGAUAGGGAGCAGGAGAUAUAGGAGCUACAGGGGCCACGGUGUCUAUCUGGUCCUCUGUUUCCCUGUGAGGCUGUCUUUGUGUCAGGGAUCGAGAGGUGGACACACAUACAGCCAAGGACUGGCUAACAGCAGGACUAAACCACUCUGAAGGGCACUGGAGGGCCACUGGGCAGAAGGUUGGCAUCUGGCUGGAAGAGAGCGGGCACUGUGGUGGGCAGGCGACCGCAGCAUCGAGAUUACAGAUUAGGCAGAACAGCAGUCACUCAUUGCCUCACGGUUCCUUGGAGAUCAUUAAUUGGUAAGGUGUUUUAAGGUCACCAUAUCUACUUUUCUUAAGAUUCUGGGUCAGUCCCCUUUGUUAUUAUGGUCAGAAUGCUUUGAUUACUUUGGGGGUUUUACUGUAUUACUGUAUUCUGAAAACCACUGGAAUUUAGACAGAGAACCUGGACCCAGGGCAUUAGAAGGGCUGGUAGAUGCUCAGUCUGCCAACACAGGGACACACACCACUCACAGCCUCGAUGAGAACUAGACUACAGGGCUCCAGACCCUAUGUUUCAGAGCUGAACCCAAGGUCCUGAGUAGCUCUGCUACUCUGAGAUGACACUAAUGACUCAGUACCUGACUUUUACCAUGGAUAUCACUGUAGGCUGCUAACCAAGGUUAACGGAGCGUGAUAGGCUCUGACAGGUUCUCAGACUAACAGUGUACAAUUUGUGUUGAGUUCGUCAGUUUUUUAUGUGCAGACACUCUGCUGGAGCUCCCAUCCAGGACUUGAGCAGUGCUGUGUGUGGAAAGUCGGGGCUGGGUGGAAGGUGUGAAGAGCGGCAGCCACGUGUGGAGAGACAGAGAGUGAAGGGAGCAACACACAACUCUGGGAGAAACUGUUUAGUGUGAGACACUGAGAGACACACUGUGGUGCAGCGGCUCUCCCUCUCUCUGUUUGACGGACUGGAAGAGUGUUCUCUCUGAGCCAGCGUGAGCCAGCCUGCACGCUGAGUGGAGCUGAGGCCAGUAGGGUGGGGACAGUGGCAGGGAGCGGUGCAUGGCAGUGGGGGGCCGGGUGCCGUCCGUCACCCAGCACCGGGAGGGGCGCUGGGGUUGGGGCUGGGUGUGGGGCGGCCCUGGGGGGGCGAGGGGCCAGAGGUCAGGGAAGCUGAGGCCCUGGUUGACAGGCGGGGCCAGCGUGGAGCGGGGGUGUCGGCCGGGGUCUAGCGACGGUGGAGCAGGGGGCAUGCGGUGCUCACUGAGGGUGUGGGUGCUGCUGGGAUCCCUGGGCCUGGUCUUUCUCACCUCCCUCUUCUUCUCCAUCUCCCUGAGGGGGGGCGUCAGCCUGCCCUACCUGGACCCACCCGGAUGGGAGGAGUCUCGCCGAGUUAAACUAGUGCCCAACUACGCUGGUGCCCACCAGCUAAGCCCUCUAGAGGGCACCCAGCAGGAGAAGACAUGUGCCUGCCCCCGCUGUGUGGGAGACCCUGGGGUGUCGGACUGGUUUGAUGAGAACUACGACCCGGACAUUUCCCCCGUGUGGACACGGGACAACAUCCAGCUGCCUUCAGAUGUCUACUAUUGGUGGGUGAUGCUGCAGCCUCAGUUCAAGCCCCACACUAUCCAGCAGGUGUUGCUGCGGCUGUUCCAGGUGAUCCCAGGCCGCUCCCCCUACGGCUCUUGGGACCCCGCCCGCUGCCUGCGCUGUGCAGUGGUGGGGAACUCAGGCAACAUGCGUGGGGCUGGGUAUGGGCCCACCAUAGACGGCCAUAACUACAUCAUGAGGAUCAACCUGGCUCCCACGGUGGGCUAUGAGGAGGAUGCAGGCAGCCACACCACUCACCACUUCAUGUACCCAGAGAGUGCCAAGAACCUGGCAGCCAAUGUCAGCUUCGUCCUGGUGCCCUUCAAGACCCUGGACCUGCUGUGGAUCACCAGCGCACUCUCCACUGGACAGAUCCGCUUUACCUACGCCCCUGUGAAGCAGUUUCUACGGGUGGACAAAGACAAGGUUCAGAUUUUUAACCCAGCCUUCUUCAAGUACAUCCAUGACCGCUGGACCAGGCACCACGGACGCUACCCCUCCACAGGCAUGCUGGUUCUGUUCUUCGCUCUGCACGUGUGUGACGAAGUGAAUGUUUUUGGCUUUGGCGCUGACAGUCGGGGCAACUGGCACCAUUAUUGGGAGCAGAACCGCUACUCUGGAGAGUUCCGGAAAACAGGGGUACAUGACGCAGACUACGAGGCCCAGAUCAUCGACUCGCUGGCGAAGGCCGGAAAGAUCACAGUUUUCCCAGGAAAGUGAAGGCUGGAGGUGUGGUGGGCUGGCUUACAGGAACACUAGAGUAACCAUCACCACCAUCUUUAUGUGCUUAGUUAUCUGUUUCUUUGUGAUUUGCAUAGAGAGGGUUCCAUAACACUAGAUCAUACGUUGCCUGAUGACCCUGUUCCCAUUGUGCAGGAGGGUAAGAUGCUGAUGGUUGUGAGUGGAACUACAUGUGACUACACACUCUGCCCCCAACAGGCCUACCUCCAUAGCCCUCAGCCCUGAGGAGAAAUGAACGGUCAGAACUAUAGGAAUAAUGUAGUGGGGGCGGAGAAGUCUGGCCUAGCCACUGUAUGGACCUGUGAACCAGUCCCAUCCACAAUCCCACCUCCUGCUCAUCCGCAGGGGGUUGAGUCAUCACACGCCUUAGGGGUCUCACACCCAGAGACUCAGCCCCCUCCCACUCUGUAGCCACCACCCUAAAUGUCAUGGCAACAAGUGACGGACACUGAUCUACCCCUGCCGUGUUCACACCCACCUGUAUAGCUGCUGUUAAAGACCCCUUGCCCCUCGGAGCUGGGAGUACUAGGUAGUUGAAGUUUACGUGGUUGGAAGCCCAGAGGCUUACUGUUGUAAUUAUAUGACUAUCAUGUUGAAGGUAUGUACGGCCCACAGGGAUUUGACCACAUAUACAGUAUUAACCGUUUGAUUUGUUUUAACCAUUUUAAGUGACUAAUCAUCCUGCUAAUUAGGUGGAUCGGGGAGAGGCUUACACAUGGUCAACAACAACACAAGCAGACAUAUCGCGAUAAGACUAACACUACUCACUCAUUAACAUACACACACACUCUUCCACACAUACACCGUUCAUACAAUGUUCUUGGUCAUUUAGAGCUAAUACCACUAAGUAUAGGACUGAGUACAAAGAGCUCACACUAAAAUGACCUGCUGCCUCCUGCUGCCUAUUAAGGGAUACUGCAUCACUCUGAGGCCCAUACAUUAUAUGUACAUAGGACAAACUGAAGGCUGCCUCCUCUGUGUCUAAUGAUGGCCACUUGAUAAUGGAAAGUAAUAUGGCACAACAUAACUAACCCGACUGCUAGUAAAAAAUGCCACUAUAUUUUCAGAUCAGAGUUUAGGAACUCUAAAAAGGUAGGUAGCUUAGCGGGUAGUCUAGGCAGGUAGUCUAGCAAUUAAGAGUGUCGGCCAGUAACUGAAAGGUUGCUGGUUCAAAUCCCUGAGCUGACUCGGUUAGAAAUCUGUCUGUGCUCUUGAGCAACACACUUAACCCUAUUGCUUUUGUAAGUAGCUCUGGAUAAGGGCAUGUGCUAGUUUAGUUAAAUGUAAAAACUGUCUUUAGUCCUGGCUGCAGUAGUUAUUAGCCAGUUUGGCAAUGUGACAUUCAGUUAAGGAUUUCUGCUGUUGUGUAAUCCUAUGAUGAUAUCAUAAAUAUGGUAUAUACCAUUAUGUACUGUAUGAUAUACUUGUAUUAUAUCUAUCCUUUGCACAUCAUGGAGUUCUUAUCUGACACUCUGACAUUGAGUUGGGCAGAUCACUGUAACUGAUUCCUAUACAUACUAAUUUCUGUGUGGAAUUUUUGUUUUGUUUCAGGUAUGUGUCUCUACCUGACACACAUACUUUAAGGACAUCUACGGAGUGCCAGUGAGUUUUUAUCAGCCCUCACUCCUUACUAGUGUGUGUGAGAGAGAGUGCUGUAAACAAAAUUGUGUGAUUUACUUAGUGUUGUCAAAGUGAGAUUUUCAGUUAGACCCCUCUCAUAACAAAAUAGACACAUAUCAGAAAUUUACAGCAAUGUGACAACACACACAUCCAUGCUUGCGUGCCUUGUCCCAGUGUUGGACAUACCUUUCCUGCAGUGCACCAUAGACCUCAGUACACGUGUGCUACCUUAAGCUUGAUUUAGUCUGCACAGGACAUUCACACAAACCCAAAGCCCCUUCUACUAUGGGUACUGCUAUUGUGAUCAUAACAGCGUGUCAGCCAUGUCUCUUACACACAUACACAUAUUCUGAGGGCUUCAAAUGUCUUCUCUGACUUAGACCAUACACAUUAUUUUAUAAUAUUAUUAUUAUCUUAUUAUACCCACCCCCUCUGGUCUCGCCUGGCUGAGAGCUGUGCCUUCUGGACCCAUAUGAUUCACUCUGCCUUUCUCUUGGAGCCACGUAGAGGCUUCCUUUAUGCUGUUGCUUUUUAAACAACUCAUUAUCUAGAGAUGAAAGAAAAUCAACUCUUAUGUGACUAGAAAUGGGUAAAGGUGAUGAUUAUGGUUGUAUUCAUUUGCUCUUCUCAAGCAGUGUUUUGCCAUUGUGUCUGUGAUUCGUAUCUGCUGAGGUAUCGUGUUCAAGAUGACAGCCGAUGGCAUUGUGUCUAGUGGUUAAAACAUGUCUCCAACUUAUGUCUGUGUUUUACAUGGAAUGUUUCUUAGUAAGUAUACCCAACGCUUUCCUGGGUGAUCCUACAGACUACGCCAGAAAUAAAAUGUGCAAUACAUACUCAAAGAGAAUCAAACACAAUGGACAUUGUUCUAAUGAUGGGACAUUACUCCCAAUUACUUUUGUAAUUGUUUAUACAACAGGACAAUACCCAUAUCUACUGUAUCAAUAAAGCUAGCACAUUGAAGCUGAACGCCACGUUUUAGCUCAACGUGCAUAAGGAUACAGUAUGUUCCCCAAUAUGUUGUUUGAUUGCUGUGUACACUGUGGGGAACUGACUGUGUAAAAGGUGAGAAAUCCCUUUCAACUCUGCUGUCCCUGAUAGUAUUAUUCCGUAAUGGAUAGUUUUGAAUGUAUUUGAGUUCAUCGGGUCUGGCUUGAGUGGCUUCUAGUGAUAACUGAAUGGUCUCUUAUGAAGCAUCUAUGCUGUUGCAGUGUUUUGAUGGUUUCAUCUCCAGCUCUUCAUUAGAGGUCUCUUGUGCACAACAAUAUAUACAGACAACAGACUGAUGGUACCAUCAGUGUUACUAUCAUUAUUACCAAUAGUAUCCUCAUUAGUAUUAUGACUGUCAUUGGUUGUAAGCACUCUCUCCUUACUACUUAAAACCUCAGUGUGUGUGAUGGACUGUUUUUAAUCACAUGCUGUUGUGAAAAUAAAAGCAACAUG